CCCAGCCUUUACCAAUAUCAAUAAAGAUUGCUGUUGGAUUACAAAAGGACAAAAAAUGACGAAGACUCGUUUUCCUCGUUUGCUGAACGCUUCUGAACGUGAACGAUUAGAGCCUUUUAUUGAUCAAAUCCACUAUUCUCCAAGAUAUGCUGAUGAUGAGAAUGAAUAUCGACACGUUAUGUUGCCCAAGGCUAUGUUGAAGGCCAUUCCAGCAGACUAUUUUAAUCCUGAAACUGGUACUUUACGUAUUCUUCAUGAAGAGGAAUGGAGAGGUUUGGGUAUAACCCAGAGUCUUGGAUGGGAAAUGUAUGAAGUCCAUGUUCCGGAGCCUCAUAUCCUUUUAUUCAAGCGCGAAAAAGAUUUUCAGUUGAAAUAUAGCCAACAACGAUGAAUGUCUCGUUUUUAUGUCCUUCCCUUCUUAUCACGUGUAUCUUACGAGGCUUUGAAAGCUAUUUCGCUUCUGCCUAAAACGGGAACGUAUACCGUAGCGUUUCUACUUGCUUUCUUAUGAGAUGAUGAUUCCUUAGUGGCAUUUUACCUGCUAUUGCUUGGUAUCUUCGCUGUUCUUAUUCUUUCAUUUAUUCCUUUUUUCUCCUGUUCUCUAGCUAUCAAACGAUUUGGGUUUUGUAUUCUAAGUUCUUUCUUUUCUUUCUACCAUUUCUAUUAAAAAAGCCAUAUCUAGGUUUUUAUCAUCUCUUCAUAAUAACACUUCAACUCUAGACUUUCCUUACACUUCCUGCGUUUGUUCUUUUUUCCCUAUUUCAUAGGUUUUACCGUAGAAACUAAUAGACUCCCUCAUAUAAUAAUGGAUUUGAAAAAACCUUUCUGGUAUUCAGCGUUAAAUAUAACAUGUCGGUUUCACUCUGAAGUUUAUCAUGUGCG